AUGGUGUCUGAGGCGGCGGCACAUGGGGGUGGUUCGGCGGGCCAACCGAAAGCGGCGGCGGCAGGAGGAGGAGGGGGAGAAGGGGAGCUGAUGGACUUCUCGUUCCCGCUGGGCCUCAUGCAAGAAGGCGACAACACCGCAUCGGUCAAGGGGGCAGUGACGAAGAAGCUCGAAGAGCUGAUGGAGGAACCAUGCGACGAGGUUUUUCCCGAGUACAUUACCGUCAUGGUCAGCAACGGGAAAACCAUCAGGGAGAUCUGCUCCCAGCUGGAAGACCUCCUCACGGCCGGCACCGCCACCGAGUUCUGCAGAUGGCUGGGCGCACACCUUCGAGAGCUCGAGGGAAAGAACAAGAACGCUGCCGCUGCCGCACCCAAGACUACGACGGCUACGAAAGAAGAGGGGGAGGGGGGGAAGAAACCCUCGAAGCAGCAAGCUAGCGGCGGUGGCAAGACGUCCUCUUCCUCCCGUGGGGGUGCUGGCAAGGCUGGCGGUAGCGGCGACGACGCGAAGAAGAGCGACAAGGGUGCCAGUUCGAAGGCAAAGGGCAAGAAGGACAAGGAUAAGAGCAAAAGCAAGGACCACUCCCCACCCAGAAGGCGGUCUCCGAGCAGGGACUCCUCGAGGGACGGGAGCAGGGGGCGAGGUCGCUCCAGCGUCCGUUCUAGCGACCGUUCUAGUUACCGUUCCAGCGACGUUUCGAGGGAUCGGUCCAGGGAUCGAUCCAGGGACCGACCUAGGGACCGACCUAGGGACCGAUCCAGGGAUGGCGGUAGGGGAUGGAGCCGGGAAGCGCGGAGUCGGCCUAGAGCGAGGAGCAGAGACAGCAGGGACAGAGCCAGGCCGCUCCGGCACCAGCAACAGCAGCAGCAACAGCAGCGCUACUACGGCGGGGGGGCGAGGGACCGGAGCCGGGACCGAUCGCACGGAGGCGCAUACGGUAGAGACCGAGACUGGCCGCCGUCGUCGAUGUCGUCGUACAGCAGAAACGGGGGGGGGGCGGGGGGGGACCGCAGCCGGUACCGGAGGGACCGGGAGAGGAGCCGGGACCGUGACAGGGGGCCCCGUGAUUUCUACUCGCGGAGGGGGCGGCGGGGUAGUCUGGAAGACCGGGGUCGGGAGGAUGGAAGCGGGGGUCGGCGGGAUCGGGACAAGCCGUCGGCAGGGCGCGGCGGAGACGGCGGUAUGCAAGGGAAGGAGGGGCGGGGCACCGCGGUUGAUUCGGCGGCGACUCCCGGGAAGAGCGGUAACGAUGACAAGGAGGAGCCCAAGGCUACUACUGCUACUAGUGUCAAGGCAAUCGCGGUUCCCGGUAGCGUUAUCACCGUCGUGAGCGACUCCGCCAAAGGAGACGACACAGCACAGAAAGCCAACCUGCCGGACCUGCGGAUGGUGAUCGAGCGUUCCCGCCGCCGCGGGAAGAUGAAGCCCCCUCGGGGACAAGAAGAAGAAGAAGAAGGGGAAGGAGAGGGGCCCGUGGUGGCGAGAGGGAGGAUGGCGGGGGCUCCCGGGGUCAUGCGAGCCUUUUCUUCUUCGGGCGAGGAGGAUGGGGCGGACAAUGGGACCAGAGAGGGGGGAGUGAAGCGGGGACACGGGGAUGAUGAUUCCCAGCCGCAGCACAAGACCUUCGCAGCAGGGCAACCUGGAGCGCGGCUGCUGUCGUCCGCCGUGAUGCAGAGCUUGCAGCCGGCGAGAGCCCCGGCGCCCGAGGCUACCUGGGGCGGUGGGUCCAAGAGGCGCAAAAGCUCCGCUGGUGGCGGCGACGGCCCUGGUGACGGAGUCGAUGAUGGUGAUGAUGUCGCCCCGGGCCACCGCCCACCACGCAAGAACCAACGGUGA